ACAAAUAAUUCAAGACCAACAUAUGCCAAAUCAGUCCAAACAUUCUUAAGUUUUAGCGAGACUAACGAACAGCAUUUAAUUUUUAUAUAUAGUGACUAACAUUGUCGAAUCGAGUCUGUAACCGAAGGCCCAGUGUUAACGUAAAAGUAUGCAGAGCGCAGUAACCAGUGCUACAGUGCGGUGCGUGCAGGGCGGCGCGGGGCGCGGCGCGAGACCAGCGCGGCGCAGGCGCUGGCCGCCGCGCGCGAGGAGCUGGGCGCCGCGCGGGCACGGGCACACGAGCUCGCCGCCGACAGGGCCGCGCUGCAGGCCCGCCUGCGGCAGGCGGACGAGGCGGCGGCCGCGAUGCGCGGCGACGUGUCGCGGCUGGUGCAGCAGUUCGACUCGCAGGCCGCGGAUAUGAAACGGACCAUCGCGCGGCUGGAAGAUGAGGCGGGCGCGGCGCGGCGCGCGGCGGACGCGCGGGACGCAGACAUACAGCGCCACGCUGCACUGCUCGAGGAAGCUAAGAAUGCAAUUGACCAUCUGAAAGAGCAGGAAGUUCGACACGUGGAUCUAAUCGACCAUCUAGAGAAAAACAUUAUUGCUAAGAAUGAACUCCAGCAGAGCUCGAAGGAAGAAAUACUUUCUUUGCAACAACGUGUGAGCGACCUCGAGGCAGAGAAGAUCACAAUAAAAGAACAGUUGAACGAGACAGAGCAGGAACGCGGUCGAGCGCGCGACGCCCUCGACGAACAGACCUCCGCGGCCGGGCAGCUGCGCCGCGACCUGGACGACGCGCGCGCCCAGCUGCAGGCCGAGCGGGCGGCGCUGGGCGCGCUGCAGGCGGCGGCGGCGGCCGGCCAGCGCGAGCUGGACGCCAGCACCGGCACCAUCGCGCGCCUCAUGGCCGACCUGCGCGCCGAGGCGGACGCGCGCGCGCGGGCCGACGCCGGCGCCGCGGCCGCGCGCCGCCAGCACGACGCCGAGCGCGACGCGGCGCGACACGCCGAGCUGCAGCUGCGCGACACGCUGGCGCGCCUCGAGCGCGACCUGCAGGACAAGGACCGCGAGCUCGCCGCGCAGAUGACCGUCAUUCUAGACAUGCGCGGGGAGAAGGAGCGGCUGCAGGAGCGGAUCCAAGGCAUGCAGAAUACCAUCGACAACAUCCAGAAAGAGCUGACGGGACGCCUGGCGGCGCCGAAAGUGGCGCCGGAGCAGUGCGAGCCUCCCGAACUAGACGACACGCCGACGGCGCGCCGCGCCGACGACACGGUGUUCGGCUUCCUCAGCGACGGCAGCGUCGACGGCGACGCGCUCGACGUGAGUGUACAGGGCGCCACGUGCCAGUCCUAUAGCGCGGCCAGUAGUCAGUACGCCGUGUAUGCAGGCGCCACGUGCCAGUCCUAUAGCGCGGCCAGUAGUCAGUACGCCGUGUAUGCAGGCGCCACGUGCCAGUCCUAUAGCGCGGCCAGUAGUCAGUACGCCGUGUAUGCAGGCGCCACGUGCCAGUCCUAUAGCGCGGCCAGUAGUCAGUACGCCGUGUAUGCAGGCGCCACGUGCCAGUCCUAUAGCGCGGCCAGUAGUCAGUACGCCGUGUAUGCAGGCGCCACGUGCCAGUCCUAUAGCGCGGCCAGUAGUCAGUACGCCGUGUAUGCAGGCGCCACGUGCCAGUCCUAUAGCGCGGCCAGUAGUCAGUAGGCCGUGUGUGCAGGCGCCACGUGCCAGUCCUAUAGCGCGGCCAGUAGUCAGUACGCCGUGUAUGCAGGCGCCACGUGCCAGUCCUAUAGCGCGGCCAGUAGUCAGUACGCCGUGUAUGCAGGCGCCACGUGCCAGUCCUAUAGCGCGGCCAGUAGUCAGUACGCCGUGUAUGCAGGCGCCACGUGCCAGUCCUAUAGCGCGGCCAGUAGUCAGUACGCGGUGUGUGCAGGCGCCACGUGCCAGUCCUAUAGCGCGGCCAGUAGUCAGUACGCGGUGUGUGCAGGCGCCACGUGCCAGUCCUAUAGCGCGGCCAGUAGUGU